AUGCCCUCCUGGAUCCGGAACCCAGAUUACUUCGUCUACCGCGACCACAGGCGCAUCGUCGCCGUCUGUCCCUACCCCACGACCCGCGGUCAGGUCUCCAUCACCGAUGCCGGCGGCCUCCUCUACUGCGUCCUCCCCGAGGAGGAGCUCGUGCAGCUCUUCGUCGACGUGCGCUACUUCGCGAACAGGCUGGCGGAGGUGACACACGUGCGCCGCGUCGGGAUGGCCUCCGACGGUCGCGUAAUUCACCUGAUCCCGAUGCACGGGCUGGGCGAGGACUGGAAACCCAUCCUGCACAAAGAGACGGUGUUCUACCCGACCUGGCCAGGAUCCUCGCCGCCUCUGGACUUAAACAACCAUUCGACAACACCUUUCACGGCGACGCGAGCGAUACGAACCUCUUUGCGCGCAUCUGCACUCGGUCAUGGUGGUCCUGAAGAAGGCCUUCACUACGGAGACGGUCGGCGUGUUUUUUGA